AUGCGCCACGGCUCUCUCGUCCGUCGGUCGCCCUCGCUGUCGGCCCCCCGAGACAACGAGCAGGACGAGGAGCAAGAGCCCGUCCCAGCGCCACCGUCAGAAGCAACCGAGAGGAAAAUUAAAGUACAGAGGUCGACAGCUGGAUCCCGACUAGCGCGACUAGCCCGUAUUGGAAACGAGAAACAAACGACGCCCCCGCCGCCCGCCUCUGACAUCAACGCGACGGGAGUGGCACCGGCAACUCGCAACGGUGGUACGGUGAGCACAAAGGCCGCACGUGUCCUGGCUCUUGCACCCAACACCUGCACCCGUGAUACGCAUCGACCACACCCCCCGUGA